AUGUUUUUGGGAGAUAAAACUCUUCAACAAGGUAUUCAAAUGUAUUUGAAAGGAUUGAGUUAUAGUUCGACAACUCAAGAGGAUCUAUGGAAGUACUUAGAUCAAGCUGCAAAUCAUACAAUCGACAUUGAACGGAUCAUGACUGGAUGGACACGACAGGCAGGCUAUCCAUUUGUAGAAGUUAAUCGAAAUUAUAGUAGGACUGAACAACCAAUGGUAGGUGGUCAUAUGGUGAUUAGUCAACAGCCUUUCAGUCUUUUAUCAACGACAACAAAAUCAGAAAAAUGGUGGAUUCCAUUCAAAUAUUUUGAUCGAACUUUCAAUCAGUCAUCGAAUGCAAGUGAAAUUAUAUGGCUUAACGAUACAUCAAAGACGCUGACAAUUACCUCAUCGGAUUCAGACUGGAUUUUGGCCAAUCCGGACUAUCUAGGUAUCUAUCGCACGAAGUAUGAUCCUCAAAAUUUUUGUCUAAUUAUGGCCCAACUUGAGAUGGAUCAUACAUGCAUUCCAACAAUUACUCGAGGUGCUCUUGUCGAUGAUGUCUUUGCUCUGUCGCGAGCAUCCUUAAUUAAUGCAUCUGAUCCAUACACAUUGAUUCGAUAUCUAAAGAACGAAACUGAUUUUGUUCCAUGGACGGUAGCACUUUCAGCAAUGAAUCAACAAGAAGNAGGUGGUCAUAUGGUGAUUAGUCAACAGCCUUUCAGUCUUUUAUCAACGACGACAAAAUCAGAAAAAUGGUGGAUUCCAUUCAAAUAUUUUGAUCGAACUUUCAAUCAGUCAUCGAAUGCAAGUGAAAUUAUAUGGCUUAAUGAUACAUCAAAGACGCUGACAAUUACCGCAUCAGAUUCAGACUGGAUUUUGGCCAAUCCGGACUAUCUAGGUAUCUAUCGCACGAAGUAUGAUCCUCAAAAUUUCUGGCUAAUUAUGGCCCAACUUGAGAUGGAUCAUACAUGCAUUCCAACAAUUACUCGAGGUGCUCUUGUCGAUGAUGUCUUUGCUCUGUCGCGAGCAUCCUUAAUUAAUGCAUCUGAUCCAUACACAUUGAUUCGAUAUCUAAAGAACGAAACUGAUUUUGUUCCAUGGACGGUAGCACUUUCAGCAAUGAAUCAACAAGAAGUAUUACUUGCCGAACAAGAUAUUAUUCUUGAUCUACAAAACUACUUUCUUGAAUUGAUUCUUCCAAUCUACAACAAAAUAGGAUGGACUCCUGUCAAUCAAUUGACCGACUGGCUUCAAGCUCUAUUGCAACCAAGUAUCCUAUCGAUUGUCUGUCGCUAUCGCUAUCAAGAAUGUAUUGAAGCAGCACAAAGUAUUUAUCGUAACUGGAAAUUGAAUCCUACUCUUAAUCAAAUCCCGGCUAAUCUUCGUUCGCCUGUCUAUUGUACAAUUAUUAGAGGGGGUUCACGAUCUGAUUUUAACUUUUUAUGGAGUCGGCUUCAAAACGAAUCGAUUGCUAAUGAGGUAAUGAAUCUACUCGAAGGACUCGCUUGCACAGAAGAUCCACCAUUAAUUGUUUAUUUUCUUGAACAACAUUUGAAGAAUGAUUCAAUCAUUCGCGAUCAAUAUGUGAUACAAUCCAUUACAAAUAUUGCUCGUUCACCGCGAGCUAAUCAAGUUGUAUGGAAUUGGAUUCGCGACAACUGGUCGAAACUUUUGUCAAAACGGGGAGCAUCAUUCGGACGUUUAAGCAGAAUUAUUGAAGCCGUAUCGAGUCAAUUUAUUACUGUUCAAAAACGAGAUGAAUUAAAAGCGUUUGCUAGUUCGAUCACUAAUGAAGGUACUGUAUAUCGUCAGUAUUUUCAAUUAUUGAUCGACAGAAUCAAUGCAGACAUCGAAUGGAUUGCAGUCAAUCUCGCUUCAAUCAACACCUUCUUUCGUCCAAAUAAUAAUUCAUUUGUUGUUGCACUGUAA